AUGUUCAAAUGUGGCAAGGAAGUUAGAUAUGUUUUGCCGAGUACAAGUACAACAAAUGUUGUUGAUGAUGAAAUGAUACUGGUCAUGAACAUUGAUGAUGAUUUAACAAGAGAUGAGGACAAUACGACGACAGAUGUUGAGGAAGGAAAUGAGGCAUGCCAAGCUGGCAUUGAGGGACACCGUGGUGAGGGACCCUUUGUUGAUGUUGAGGGAAUAGACAUAGGCCAACAGUUAGUGACGAAGGUUGCUGUUGAAUGUAUAUCACAUGUAGGAAUGGAGUUUGACAGUGAUGCUCAAGACUAUGAGUUUUACAAGAGUUACUACAAAUGCACCAAUGUUGGAUGCCCUGUUAGGAAGCAUGUGGAGAGAGCCUCGCAUGACCCAAAGUCUGUUAUUACAACAUACGAGGGAAAACAUAAUCCUGAUGUACCCACUUCCAGUUCCACCAACCGUGAAACAUCUGCACCAAUGCCAGUGCAGAACCUCAGUCCUUUGAAUACCAAUAUGCAGGUGUCUCUGAAUCCUGUUAUGCUAAUGCCACCUAAUCAGACUGAGGCUAACAGGGCAUUGCCUUAUUCUAGAGGACCUGAUGCAGUUAGUCUGGAUCUGGGUGUGGGGAUCAGUCAAGCUGCUGAAAACAGUUCCCUUCACAAGCAGAAUCAAGCAGAAGCAUACAGCAUGUUGAGACAGGUCCAUGGUGGCAAUGCUCCCAGUUCAGGGAUCAACUGUCCAGUUCAAUCUGCUGGGAUUUUACCUUUUUAUGGGAAUGGAAUUAUGGGCAACCGACCUGAUCAUUACAGAGUCAAAGAAGAAGAUGGCCAAAAUUUCAACUUCGAUGUGAUGUCAUCGUUGAACAAUUUCCAUCGUGGCACUGGGAGAUUUAUGUUGGGGUCCGAAGUGGAUGCAUCUCAUGCUCAACAGUUCACAAGAUAA